AGUCUAGGGAGGCAUUUCCAGCAAUGGCCAUUGCUAGGUCUUGCCCUACUACUGAUGAAAAGUACUAUCUUUGCAUGGUUUUAUUAUUAUGCUUCAUUUUCUUCAUCUUAGGGGCUUCUUCUUCUUCUGCUAAUACCCAUCAAGUUGAUGAGGGUCGACGAGCAUUGUUUGUGUUCGGCGACUCUCUUGUGGACGCCGGCAAUAACAACUAUAUUGGGUCGUGUGCCCGGGCAGACUCGCCGCCGUAUGGCCUUGACUAUCCAACUCACUCCCCCACCGGCCGUUUCUCCAACGGCUUCAACAUCGCCGACAUUCUCAGCCAGCAGAUAGGUGGUCGGGAGUCGCCAUUGCCGUACUUGAGCCCGGAGAUUAAGCAGCAAAGAGGAACGCUGCUUGCCGGUGCCAAUUUUGCAUCAGCAGGAGUCGGAAUUCUUAACGAUACCGGAACACAAUUCGAAAGAAUAAUCAGAAUGCCGGAACAACUGCAUUACUUCAGCGAAUAUCAACACCGUUUGCGUGCGCAGAUCGGAGCCGACCGCGCCAGAGAGCUCGUGAACCAGGCUCUGGUUCUCGUCUCCGUGGGAGGCAAUGAUUUUGUGAACAACUAUUAUCUCACACCCAACUCCACCAGGUCUCAAGAGUUCGAUCUCCCACAUUAUGUCUGCCAUCUCAUCUCAGAAUACCAGAAAAUUUUGAUAAAGCUGUAUAAGUUGGGAGCUCGGAGGGUGCUUGUGACGGGCACCGGACCGCUUGGGUGUGUCCCUGCAGAACUGGCACAGCGCAGCAAGAGAGGGGAGUGUGCAUCUGAGCUGCAAAGGGCUGCAUCCCUAUUCAACCCACAGCUCAUUGAGAUGUUGCAGGGGCUUAACACAAGACUAGGCAGCCCAGUUUUCAUUGCUGCAAAUACACAUCAAGUGCACAUUGAUUUCAUCAUCAAUCCUCAGGCAUUUGGAUUUGUGACAUCAAAAAUUGCAUGUUGUGGGCAAGGGCCAUACAAUGGCAUUGGCCUCUGCACCUCGUUGUCCAAUCUGUGCUCGAACAGAGAUGAAUAUGCAUUCUGGGAUCCCUUCCACCCAUCCGAGAAGGCGAACAGAAUAAUUGUUCAGCAGAUCAUGACUGGCUCAACAGAGUAUAUGAUUCCCAUGAAUCUCAGCACCAUUCUUGCCUUGGAUUCUAAGGCCUAAUCAUGUCUUUGGAUUUUCCAUUUCAUUUUAUGUUGUUGGCAACAAUAUUGUUUGCCUGCUUAGAAGCAUAUUGUGUUUUCUCAUGUUAGAACUAACAGCCACAAAUGUAGCUAAUCAAUGAACUUUAGCAUUUCAAA